AUGGUGAUGAUAAAAGAUAAAAUGAAUAAAAGUGAUGAGCUUGAUUCAACCUAUUAUCAUGAUCGAGGAAUUGCACUUAAUGCCCUUCGUUGUCAUUUGCAAUUACUAAACUAUUUAUCAUUAACAUCGUCUGGUAGAUUGUAUUUUAUUAAAAAUAAUAUUAUUGAUAAAGUGAUAAGCAUCCUUGAACGAAAUGUAUUAAUUGAUAAUGCAUACGAAAAUGAGGAACUUUAUCAUGCUGAUGUAGGUAUUAUUGCAUAUACUUUAAUGUUAUUGUAUAAUUUGGCUUAUGAAAAACCUAUAUUUUCAAUACUGAAACAAAAAGAUUUGGAAAGUAUCAUUAGUAAAUUAGAAUCUUCGAAAGAUAUUACUAUACAAUAUGCAAGUAAAACUUUAUCAACAAUUUUAAUUAAAGAUCAAAUACAAGAAGAAAAUGAACCAAUGAAAUUGAAACAAAAGUAUGCUGAAUAUCUUGAAAAAAAUAUCAUUGAACCGAAGCGUACAAUUAAGUCAGGCGUUGCAAGAACUAUGACAGAACGAGAUGAUAAUGUAAAACUUCGAAUUUUAGAUGAAACAUUUUUAACACGUUUAAGUCGAGAUAUUGAAGAUUUAUCAACCAAUGAAUAUCCAUCAAAUGCAAUGAAGUAUAAAAAUACUGGACGACGUGUUCGUGUUGUUUCAAAACAGGAAACAAAAGAAGUUGAAUCAAUAUUAGAUCCAAUAUUAGAAUGUUUAAAUUCAAAUUUUUAUCUGAAACUUUUUGAAAAACUUGAACUUAAUCAAACAAAAGCUACGUCGAGAGUUACCGUCUUCAAUCGCACUCUUGCAGCAAAACAUUUAUUUUUCAUGCAUGAAUGUACACAAUUUCUCUUUCGGCAUGAUUAUAAACGACGAAAGGAAGUAGCAAAUUCGUUGGGUAAAAAAAUGUUGGAAUAUACUAAAGAAAUCUUUGAUCAACACUUAUCGAUUCUAACCGGAGAUGAAAGUAAGAUAUUAUACAUGAACAAAGAUGCACAACUGUUGUGCUCUUUGUUUUAAAAUACGAUGUAAUUAUUAUUAUUUUCAAUUUUGUUUUAUAUAACUGCCAUAAAUAGAUAGUACUUUGCGUAUUUGGACCAGACCCUGAUUUUAAAUAAUGAAUAUUUGACUGGAGUUAUCGAAAUUGCAUGCAUUCUUAAACUGUUAAUGUAUACAACGUAAUUUAGAGAUGUAGGAUUCAGUUACUGUUAUGGAGAUGUGUCCAAUGUCACUAAAUCCGUGACGAGAAGUAACUGUAUGAAAAAAAAAUGAAGUCUUCUGAAUCUUGUUAAGUAUACAUUUAUUACCAUCAAUAUCCCAAUGGGAUAAUAAAACACAUUCGAUGUGUGCAACGAAUGCUCGAAAAUUAUCUUACUUCGAGUGCUCGAACAUCACUAUAGGGUGAAUCCGUGGGGUUUCUACCACUUUUU